GACAACCCUUCUUCUUCCUCAAGACAAACCCCUAUCAAAAAACCCUGAUCCCAUUUCAACUUUCAACCUUUAACCUUCAACCUUCAACCACCAAUGGCCGGCGGUCGCUUCCGCGAGCUUCUCAAAAAAUACGGCAAAGUAGCCUUAGUCGUCCACUGCUCCGUCUCCGCCGCAAGCAUCAGCGGCCUAUACAUCGCCAUAAAAAACAACGUCGACGUCGAAUCCGUACUCGAAAAAGUCCGCUUCAAACAACUCGAAUCCGUACUAGAAAAAGUCGGUAUGGCCGGUCCAAAAGAAGAACAACUAGAUCCCCAAACCACCACCGCUGACGUGGCAAAGCCGAGGAACCGGACGGCGGAACUGGCGGCGUCCAGCGGCGGAGCUCUGGCGCUGGCGGUGCUGUGUAAUAAAGCGCUGUUUCCGGUAAGAGUUCCGAUCACUAUUGCGGUUACGCCUCCGAUUGCUAGGUUUUUGGCUAGGAGGAAGAUUAUUAAUAAUAGUAUUCAAUGAAUGUUAUUUGCAGAUGCUUUUUUUUAGGUUAAGAAGUUGUUAUAGGGUUUUUGUUUUAGAUGAAAUGGAUAUAAUAAUUGGAUGGAUGACUUAUUGAGUUGGUUGAUAAGUUGUGCCACAUUUUGUGUAUUGUGUUCGGUUUAUUAUAAACAUUUGUUUUUAAUGUUAGUUAUGGUUAUGGAGGUUUGAA